AGCCGGACCCCCCCCCUCGGGCCGCCGGCCCCGUCUCGUGAAAUCCGAAAGCAUGAGGAUAAAGGAGAUCUCCCUGCGGCAGGACCCCGACCUGAGAAAGGAGUUGGCCUUGUUGGCGCGGGGCUGUGACUUCGUUUUACCUUCCCGCUUCAAGAAGAGGCUCAAGGCUUUCCAGCAUUUCCAGGUCCAGACGAAGAAAGAGGAGGCCGUGGCCCCGGCCUCCAGCCAGAGCAUUCCAGCUUUUUACUUCCCCCGGGGGUGCCCCAAGGAGAGAGUCGACGUCGACGCCGUCAUUUCCAGAGUGGAGAAGGCCUUCUCCCAGUUUCCCAACGAGAGAGCCACUCUAGAAGACAUGGGCCGGGUGGCGAAGGCCUGCGGCUGCCCCCUGUACUGGAAAGGGCCGCUCUUCUUCGGCGCCGGAGGCGAGAGGACCGGCCACGUGUCCGUCCACAAAUUCGUCGCCAUGUGGAGGAAAAUCCUGCGGAACUGCCACGACGACGCCGCCAAGUUCGUCCACCUCUUGAUGAAUCCUGGCUGCGACUACCUGGCGCAGGAAGAUUUCAUUCCGUUCCUACAGGUCCCGUCAGCGUCAUCUCUUGUCGUCGCCGUCGCGCAGGACGUGGUGAACACUCAUCCCGGCCUGUCGUUUCUCAAGGAGGCGUCGGAAUUCCACUCGCGCUACAUCACGACGGUCAUCCAGCGGAUAUUUUACACCGUCAACAGGUCCUGGUCUGGGCGAAUCACCUGUACCGAACUCAGGAAGAGCACCUUUCUGCAGGACGUGGCCCUGUUGGAAGAGGAGGCGGACAUAAACCAGCUGACGGACUUCUUCUCUUACGAGCACUUCUACGUGAUCUACUGCAAGUUCUGGGAGCUGGACACGGACCACGACCUGUACAUCGACCCCAAGGAUUUAGCCCGACACAACGACCAGGCGAUCUCCAGUCGGAUGAUCGAGAGGAUCUUCUCGGGAGCCGUAACCAGGGGCCGCAAAGUCCAGAGAGAAGGGAAGAUCAGCUACGCCGACUUCGUCUGGUUUCUGCUCUCCGAAGAAGACAAAAAAACCCCGACCAGCAUCGAGUACUGGUUCCGCUGCAUGGACCUGGACGGGGACGGGGUGCUGUCGAUGUACGAGCUGGCCCACUUUUACGAGGAGCAGUGCCAGAAGCUGGACGACCUGGCCAUAGAGCCCCUGCCCUUCCAAGACUGCCUCUGUCAGAUGCUGGACCUGGUCAAGCCGCAGUGCCAAGGGAGGAUCACCCUCCGGGACCUGAAGAGGUGCAAGAUGGCGGGCGUCUUCUUCGACACGUUUUUCAACAUCGAGAAGUACCUGGACCACGAGCAGAAGGACCAGCUCGCCGUGCUGAGGGACGAGGACGGCGAGGGACAGGAGGCCUCCGACUGGGAGAGGUACGCCGCCGAAGAAUACGGCCUCCUCGUGGCCGAGGAGGCCGCCGGCGACCAGUGGGACGACGGGGACUCUGACUUCUCCGACUACUAGCCCGCCCGGGGCUCUAGAUGAGGAGCGGCUCAGUCCCUCCACCCCGUGACGUCCCAGAGGCUCAAAUCCCCGACGGUGCCAGACGACGCAACGGUCGCCGCCCGCCGACCCCCGGCGGGGACUCGUUUCCGGAGGGACGUUCUGGUCGGCCAGCCCGAGACGCCCACCUUUUCGCUCAGAUCCUCCUCCGGGCGACCGAGGUAGGGUCUGCACACCCGACAGAAACGCCUCACCCGACUCUUCAACUCCUCCGUGUCAUCCUGAAACCAAAAAAAAAAAAAUAAAGGGGAUUCUCAGAAAAGGUCCCUUCGGGGAAAAGGUAUCGA